AUGUGUGCUGACUCUUGGCACGUUGCCUUGCGUUUCAAAGCAAAACGGGAGCGCAAGAAGCUCCGGGAUCAGGAGCGAGCUGCGGAAGAGGGCGAGGAAGAGGCACCAGCGCGACCGAAGCAGCAGAGGGUGCUGAGGACUCCUUGCCCAAAACGCGUGAUCAGGCCUGGCACGAAUGUGGUGCUCCCAGCGGAUGGAGAGGACAAAGAAAGCGUGGAUGCCCAUGUCCUAGAAAUGCAGAGAGAACUCUGCAAAACCAGGCCCAACAUGGUUUAUGUGGCCGACGCCAUGGCGAGAACGUUCGUCUCACGGCGACUGUGGGUGACGACGGAGCACCCGACUGUCGCCGCUGUCCUCUCUAUGUACCCAGCGUAUCAGCUUGGUACCAUCCUGCAGCAGGAGUUCACUGCUGCUACAGGAAAGUCAAUCCAGGACAGCCUCACAGCUGCCCUGGCAAGGAGCAGCCUCCGGAUCCUGGAGGCUGCUAGAGGGAAACGUCAUCUCGGCGAAUUUUUUGAAGACCUGGACCGCAGGGUUGCCAUGGACGACGACGGUCUAUCUGAUGAAAUGUUGACCAAGGCCGCACUGUGUGCACUGCCAGCUCUGGUCAAGGAAAGGAGUGUGGCAUUCCUCCGGUCAAGUGACCCUGCAGAACUUCCAACAUAUCCAGCUGUGGGCUACGAAGGCAGCAGCAUCAAUGAUGCGACCUCACUUGUUGUGUCUGUUGAUGAGCUGCAAUUCGCAGAACCAACUCUUCUGGCUGCAGUGAGCACAAUGACUACGCUGCAUUGGGCGUUGAAUAUGGAAUUUCCUCCGCAGGCGAGCAGAACGUUUCAACUCUUGUCCAAUAUGAUAGGAGUUGACAGUGGGCUCGUGGCCAGCCCCCUUGUGCUGAUGGCAAUUGGCAUAAUCAAUGGCUAAGCUGGUGCUCAGUUUAUUUCAAGAAUACCUUCCACAUGCUUUUCCUGGGAU